UCUUCGAGCUGCUGGAUAAGCGCUGUGCACCACCAGGAGCGGCGUGCGCGCGGGGAUUCGCCACUACAACAUUAAAGCCACAGAGACCGUGGAAUACGGACUCGGGUUUGCUGCCGCUGAUGAAGCUGACGCUGCUCGUGACUACUGCGAUGGCACAGCAGAAGAUGACCGUGCUGCUGACGACGACGACGAUGAUGAUGAUGCUGCUGAUGGCGAGCAGCUUUGACGAAGCUGCAGCCGAUGGGACCAGCAGUAGCCCAGGCCUGGAGGUUCACAUCACUCCGCAGGGACUCCAAUACGCGCUGAAGGUUGGACGCCAGCUGCUGGAGAAACGCGUCAAGGACUUAUCUGUGGCUCCCAUCUCUGGCUCCACGGGCCUGGCCGUCGGCAAGGUCAUUUACGUCAUCUCGGGGUUGGCAGUGGUGGACAUGAAGGUGCCGGCUGCCCGAGCCUCCAUGCUGCCCCGCGUGGGGGUCCAACUGCAGUUCGGCCGCGUGUACGCUCGCGUGCGCGGGGACUGGAUCGCCACGCACAAGAUCGCCUCAGACCGCGGCUCGUUCGAGCUGACCGUGUCGGGCAUGGAGCUGUCCACCUCCGUGUCCGUGUCCCGCGGUGCGGACGGGAGGCCGUCCCUGCACAGCGUCUCCUGCAGCGUCCACCUGGACGACACGGACAUCCGCUUCUUCGGCAACGGCAGCUGGCUCUACAACCUCGUCAACAACUUCAUCGAGAUGUUCAUCAACAGCAGGAUGGAGGGAGAGAUCUGCCCGCACCUCAAGGCGUUCGUUGACAACGACGUGAACGCCGCGAUAAGCACGCUGGAAGUCACCGUGCCUGUCCUGGGUUCGAGUCUCACUCUGGACCUAUCACUCCUACGUGAUCCCGACAUCCAAUCCAAUGGAGUCCACCUCUAUCUGAAGGGCGACGCGAGCGGCGAGCCGGGUGACGCUGGCCGGGUCCCGGUGCCGGCGGUGUCGGGCGCGAUGGUCACCGUGGCCCUCUCCGAGUCACUCAUCAACUCGCUGGCCGCCUCGCUGUUCCGCGCCGGCGUCCUGAGCUACAACGUCACGGAGUCUGCGACGCGAGACAACGGCUCGAUCCCGCUGACGGCUCAAAGCGUGGCGUAUUACUUGCCGGAGAUGCUCCACGGGCUGGUGGGGCCCCUGUCCCGCGCGCUCCCCGCGGCGCCUCUCGCUCUGCUGCUGCACGCCACGGCGGCGCCGCGCCUCUCCGUGUCGGCGCUGGGAGUCUCCGCGUCGGCGUCCGUCCGUGGCUCCCUCCUCGCCCUGCCGCCCUCCGCGGCGCCCCUCGCGCUCGUCUCGCUCGACCUGGAGGGAACUCUUCAGCACAGUUCGCAUGCCGUGCUGCUCAGCUCUCUCAAGGGCCUGCUGACAGAACGUCUGGCGGCUGGCGUGGAGGUGCCGGGCGUGGGGAGAGUGAAGCUGGCGAACGUGGACGUGACGGCUGCGGAGAACUUCAUCGUCAUGAGCACCUCUGUUGAAGUGGACAUCGGAUAAAGGCGGAGAGGAGCCGGAAGAAUUGAAAUCAAAUCUCAAGCGGGCAAAAACGACGUUCGCGACACAAUCAUCGACACGAAUCCUCGCAGUUGCUCUGUCGAGGCCUGCGUUUUCUAUAGGCCGACUGGAAAUAUACUCGCCGAUAGUUCGGCAUUAUCGUCGUGAUUGCAGGGCGUCAGUUUAACACGUAGGCUCUCACGACCAAUAUCAUCCAUGAUAAAGGUUUGUGGGGUUAGAUCGAGGCGCAAAUCUGGCUGUCACCUGAUGAUGCCGGCUGUAAUCACCGGCGGAACCAUCGUACUCAGAUUGUAAAUGUUGUCGAUUUGCUCUGGUUCGUGCUGUACUCGUGACGAAUUGGCCACGUCCUUACUCUGUGGUUCUAUUCGGUAAAGUC